AAAAUCUUCUCAUCUUCACACCAUUUCUACGCAUUAAUAAUACCAUCAUGGCUCUAAUGAGAAACUCCUUCCUAUUCUUGGCCCUUGCAGCGGUCCUUUUGGCUUCUGCCACUUCAACCAGGGACCUCAUCCCUAUCAAGCCAGGCCAGGACCUCGCAGCAAGGCUCGAAUCCAGCGGCGGCCUCGUCGAGUGCUGGAACGCACUAAUGGAGCUGAAAUCAUGCACCAAUGAGAUCGUUCUGUUUUUCAUCAAUGGCGAGACAAGUAUUGGUCCAGACUGUUGCCAUUCCAUUGAGAUUAUUACACGCAAUUGCUGGCCCGCCAUGCUUACUUCCCUGGGUUUCACUGCUGAGGAGGGAACCAUUCUCACGGGCUAUUGCGAUGGGGCCACUUCUUCUCCUACUGCUACACCUCCUGCCGCCACCCCUCCUGUUAGCGCAACCUCAUGGGUUUAGAGAAGCCACCAUUGACGAUAAGAAUUGGCCUGCUUUUUUGUGUGGCAAUGAUCUCGUAUAUAAAUAAAAAAAAAAAAAAAAAAUAAAGUUUGCAGUUCAGC